CGAGUGAGACGGUGGAUGUAUCGCGAACCGAAACGUCGUGCUCGCGAACUUUUCGUCGAAAUAGUAGCGAUUCCUAAAAAAGCCAGCAGACAAGGCAGAUGAAGACGAGUUGGCUGUAGCUUCUCGACGACGGCCGGCACAAAACAAUGAGGUCUAAAUCUGUCGCUAGAAGGGUGACUUCUCAAGAAGGAUCUGAAGAUGAACUAGAGCAAACAGCGUCGAGUUCCGAGCAAAUGGAUCUUAGCCCCGAAGACAUCAAUACACGUCGAGGCAAUAAUUUAGAAGAGUCUACACCCAUGGUACCAGAAGAAGGCCAUCACGAAGGUGAUCGCUACGAUGGGCCCUCAGUGGAAGCCAACGUCUUCCGACCUGAGUCAGAGGAUCACCUCGCUGAAGACAUCUACUACGACGAAUGCAGAGACCUCAGUCGCAAACGGAAAAAUGAGUACGAGCCGGAGGAAGUGAAGGACGGAAAAUUGGUCAAGUAUCAAAACUAUGAAGGCGAGAGCAACUCGGAGUUGUUCUAUUUGAGCAUGAAGGGCGUCGUUCUGUCCACCGGGAGUUUGCCAAGGGAACUGGAACUCCGCGAAAACGGGGUGUUUGCGAAAACUUUCGUGAAAAGAGGCACUCGGUACGGACCUUUCCAGGGGAAGUGGGCAGGAGUACCCAAAGAUUACAGAUUCGCAUGGGAGGUGCUUGCCGGUACCGGAGCUCGGGGGUGGCUAGACGGAUCCUUAAAACAUCAAAACUGGUUGAAACUGGUGCGAAGUGUUUCCAAUAAGUCAUUCGCCAAUACGAGACACCUAUUGGUGAACGGACAGCUCUGGUACGAGACAAUCAUCAAAAUUCCACCUGGUGGUGAAAUGAUCCUUGGUCCGAAGGAACCUUUGAACAUUCGAGAUAUGUAUGCGGAUUCCGAAUCUGUCGACGUUCUACCGGAUAAAGAUGCUGUGGCCCUAGUGGACGAGAGGGAAGGAGAUGAGAACGAAUGGGCGUGGUGUUCAGUCUGCGAUCAACCUUUCCUCGAUAUUGAGGGACUAAACGACCACCUGAUCGUCCAGCAUAGUUAUAAAGAAAACGAGCACAAGUGCGACUUGUGUCCGAGGGGCUAUUCCAAUCGUUCUUGCCUAAUCAGGCACCGUUCCGAAGAACACGGCGAGCACAAGAAGUACCACUGCGAAAACUGUGCCCAAGUGUUUACGGAUCCCAGCAACCUACAGAGACACAUCAGGACAAAACACACCAGCGCCAGGGCUCACGUUUGUCCCGAAUGCGGCAAGACUUUCGGCACGUCAUCCGGACUGAAGCAGCACACCCACAUUCACUCUUCUGUGAAGCCUUUUCGAUGCGAAGUCUGUUUUAAGGCUUACACCCAAUUCUCCAACCUGUGCCGUCACAAGCGGAUGCACACAGAUUGCCGCCUGCGUAUCAAAUGCGACAAGUGCGGCCAGUGCUUUUCCAGCGGCUCCUCGUUAGGCAAACACAAACGAUUCUGCGAUAACCAAAACCCUUCGUUGGCGGUGCCCCGGCAGUACCCAAUGGUCAGCAACUAUCCAUUUUACAGGCCAUCUGCUGGUCCUGUGCCGUUCCCGUUUUCCCCCUUGACUUACGGCCCGUUGUUCAACUCGGCACCUACGAGGAACUUCAUUCCUCCACUAUUGCUUCCCAAUUAUUCCCAAUUCGACGACGAACCCCAAACGAAGAAAGUUAAGUUGGAGUACGAGCCUUCGUUGAAGGACAUCCAAAUCGAAAGUUGCUCGAAAGCGGAAGUCGAGGUAUCUCAAGUGAAGAAGGAGACCAAACUGGCCGGCUGCGUUAAAAUGGAGAGCGAUAUCAAUGACGAGCGCGUUACGCCGCCCAGGUUGCCCGUCUCAGAAAAGGUCAGCCCUCCAACGGCGGAGGAGGCAAACCUGACGCCGUCGCCAGCGAGACCUUUACCCCAGUCGAGCGAGGAAGAUUACCCCAAGGAUUUUAGUUUGACGCGAUCUAACCCGUCGAGUAGCGACGAGGGGGAGCAACCUCUCGAUCUUUCCGGUUGGAAUCACUCUCGCUUAGAAGUGGAUAAAAAGGAGAUCGAACCGGAACCGAUACUAGAAUCGCGUACGCCCACACCACCCGGGGAGAGGAUCGACGUUGUGGGGGAGGAUGAAACGUCGAAAGCCUCUCCGAUCACGCCACCGAUGGCUUAUCCGCGAGCUACGUACCCGAUGAUGCUGGAAAUAUACAGGUCGAAUUUUAACACCUUCCAACAAGCUAACGAGAGGAUGCUUCCGUUUCCGCCUCACAGGUUCCCGUUUUUAAACAGCACGUUCCAUCAACGCUUGGACUUACUCAGACCUGCCAUGCCUAAUUUCAGUCCGGUGAAACCCUAUCACGACGUCAUACAUCAACAGACUCAGGGCAAGAUGAAGGACAGGUACGCGUGCAAAUUUUGCGGAAAGGUGUUUCCGAGGUCGGCCAAUUUGACGCGGCAUUUGAGGACGCAUACCGGGGAACAGCCUUACAAGUGCAGGUAUUGCGAUCGGAGCUUUAGCAUAUCGAGCAACUUGCAGAGGCACGUGCGCAACAUUCAUAACAAGGAAAAACCAUUCAAGUGCCAUUUGUGCGACAAGUGUUUCGGACAGCAGACGAACCUAGAUAGGCACUUGAAGAAGCAUGACUCGGACGACGGUAACGGGGUGGUGCCGAUGGCGGAUUCGCCCGGUAGCAGUAACGAAACGGAGAAGGAGGAGGCUUAUACAAGACUGGACGAAAUAAGGAACUUUGUGGGCAAAGUUACGACCAACGGACAAGAUUACUACAACCCGACUAGGGUUUACAUAAGCACUCCGCCCUUUCAGCGAGACGACGACGUCGACUCUAUCGAGGUGUCCACUUAAUAUCGACCUGUAGAAAAAAACGACCUGUGUUAACGUAUAUUUUAGAUGAUUUAUUGUAAAUAACGACGCUAUGGUAUAAAAUAUCAUUUAAAGUGGAUUUUUUAAAGUUCCUACACUCACAACUUGCCAGACUAAUGGUUGAAGCACGUUAAAAAUUCUUAUAGUCGUUGUACAGCGUUGAGCAAUGGAUGCGUCGAAAUUUUUAACUUUUUGUUUUAAUUUAAAAAAUGUUAUACCCACUUGAAAUGCUGUUUUUAGUUUAUGGUUGAAGACGGUUUUAAAGGUACGCUGGGUGUUUGGAAAAAAUAUCUCAGUAGAUAGCAUAUAGUAAAAACGAAGGCCUUUUCGCUUUUAUUUUUUUAAGUAAAGAAAAUGAACAAAAAAGAUGUUGAACUAGGAUUCCAGCAUUAACCAUAAGCUGUAGGCGGGCAGCUUUCAGUUCAGCAUUCGUUUUUGUUUAGGCUCACUGUCAAAAUCACUAAUAAAAAUAAGUUUUACAUCUUAUUUUAGUUAUUUUCACUUUUUAAUUCAAUUUAAUUUUGAAAUAGAUGUUUUCUGUUGACAUAAAAUUUAAACCGCUUUGUGGAGUGAUGAAGGAGCCACCCAUAUUCUUGAAAAAAAUUUCCAUGGGGUCUAUUGUAUCUAAACAUUAAUUUCACAGCUUUAAAAAGUCGUAUAUGCUUUCCAAUCGAGUCUAUAGCCACAUUAAAAAAAAACUGUCCGCUACAAAAUUAAAAAACAAAAUAAAAAACCUAAAAGUCCUCAAUGACUUCAUGGAAUAUUUUCAAUGUUCAAAAAUGGGUUCUUGAGUUCGAGAGAUCUUAAUAUUGUAUUAUGUGGACAAAUAAGUGUCAUAAAAUGGUGCUAUCUUCUUCCUUUGGUAUUUUUCAUCAAAACACCCCGUACUCAGACUCGACGCGUUCAUUACCGGACGGUUAUGCUAUCACAUAGUGUUUUAACUAUUUAAUCGCUUUUUGUAAAUAUUAGCGCAAAACUUCACCAGUAUGGAGUAAAUGUUUGUUAAAUUCUAGCCGAUGCGGUAUUAACAUGUUUUUUUUGUUUUUCUGAUUAUAGCGGACGAAUUAUUUAUUAACGAAUCGAAGCCAAAGUUUUUUUUGUAUUAUUUUAUAUUUUUGUAAAUGUUUCGUUUAGGUUGUUGCAAGCGUACUAGAAGAUAGUUUAUUGCGAAGCGGGAUCUUUUAACGGUACCCAGUGAAGUUUUCAGUCAAAACCCACUUUGUAUUAUUAGAAAUACACACACACACACACACACAGACAUCCACACACAUUGUAAUAAUCUGAAUAAAUAAAUUUAUUA